AUGUCCAUGACCGUGGCAGACAGCGAUCAACCCCGGGAGGGCUUUCCGCGCCCGUUCCCGGGGACCCCCACUAACGUGCUCGAGCAGUUCCAGAUGGCGGGGAAGGUGGUCGUUGUGACGGGCGCAGCUGAUGGGAUUGGGUAUGCGGUGGCGGAAGCGAUGGCCGAGGCCAAGGGACACGUUGCCUUGUGGUACCACUCCAACAACGCUGCGAUAGAAAAAGCGGAGGUUCUGGCGCGAGACCACGGGAUCAAGGCGGUUGCGUAUCAAGUCGAUGUGUCUGACCCGGACAAAAUCCAGGCCGCGUUGUCGGAUGUGAUUCGUGACUUUGGAAAAAUCGACGUCUUCGUCGCCAAUGCGGGAAUGGCAAUCUCCAAGCCUAUUCUCGAGCAGACACUAGACGAGUACAGGAAGCAGAUGUCCGUGAACGUGGACGGAGUGGUCUACUGCUCCAAAUUUGUCGGUGACAUCUUCAAGCACCAAGGGUUCGGGAACCUGAUCAUCACCUCGAGCAUGAGCGCGCAUAUCAUCAACGUGCCGGUGGACCAGCCAGUGUACAACGCGACCAAAGCGUUUGUCACGCACUUUGGCAAGUCGCUGGCCCGCGAGUGGCGGGACUUCGCGCGGGUCAACAUCGUGUCGCCGGGGUUCUUCGACACGAAAAUGGGGGCUGGGGAGGACUGCGUGCAGGAGGCGUACCGGAUGGCGGUGCUGGGUCGGCAGGGGAACGUGAAGGAGAUCAAGGGGUUGUAUCUUUAUCUGGCGAGCGACGCGUCGACGUAUAUGACGGGGAGUGAUUUGUUGAUUGACGGGGGGUAUGUUCUGCCUUAGCUGUCUGGUUGUGGUAUGCUACUUUAAACCCUAAACUUUAUUAUUCGGGUUGCAAU